AAUUGCCACUCCUCUUCCGCCGCCAUUAAGGUGGCCUGUUCACGCUUUUGUCGACUUUCGCCGCCCGCACGGCAGAGCUAAAUAGCCUCAGCUGAUCGACUCUGCGCUGCCCCAAAUUCUUCCCCUGGCUACCAGCAUCGGGUUUUCGCUGCCGAAAGGAGGCUGGCUGGUUGACUUUGCUGCCCUUCUCGCCUCUCUCGACAACGUCGUCCUGCGUGUGUCUCGUUGACAGCCGUGGUCCGGAAAGAAGUUGAAUCGCCAUGGGCGCGGUUUGCUCUUGCUUCGAUGGGCCAAAGGACGAGCAUGAUGAAAUCGAGAUCGCCGCACCUCGUAACACGUACGGCUUCCAGAGCGCGGUUCAGCCACCUAACGCUCCGUAUUUGCCCGAGAGCAGUGUACUACGACCUUCGGGCACCGUAGGAGGCAUGCCAAAAGAACCUACACCCAAGCACAGUCGUGUCGGCCUGAGCUCUCGUGGAUCCCAGUAAUCAACCCAUACCAUCUAGUCGUAUACAGUAAUCUUGUAAUUGUAACUUGCCUGGUAUGGUCGGAUUAACUGUGGAAACUAGUGAGGGGUCUUAAUAGAAGGAGCAAAGAGCUGUUAUAAGGUUUUUACUUACAUACUGUACACGGGUAUUAAUCAUCCCUUGUUC